AUGGGAGCAAGCUGUUCCAAUUGCUCAUGCACAAAUAAAGAAACAGAAACUAAAACUGAGAUCGAAAUUUUAGAAUCCCAAGGGGUAUUUCAUAAAGAAGCCCUAGGAGCUGAAGCUCCCAGUGAAUUAAUUCAAAAAGCAAAAAAAUAUGCAACCCAAAUUAUUAAAAUCCAGUCUUUAUGACGAGGGCAUCGGGACAGAAAGAUAGUGUCACAUUUGCUAAAAAUGCUAAGGACUAAUUCAAAAUAUUUUACAUUAGAAGAAGCAAGAGAAACUUUAUCAAGUAAAGUAACGAAGUCUACAAUAAGAGAAGAAAGGCCAGCUUAUAGGUUUAAAACUGGGGCAGUUUAUACAGGACAGUGGGUUGGAGGGUUUAGAGAUGGCCACGGAGCACAAAUUUGGCCUGAUGGGGCCAGGUAUGAAGGACAGUGAAAAGAUAAUAAGGCUAAUGGGUAUGGAAAAUUCUGGCAUAUUGAUGGAGACAUUUAUGAAGGAGAGUGAAAAGAUGAUAAAGCCAAUGGAAAAGGAGUUUAUAAGCAGACGAGUGGAGCUAUGUAUGAUGGAGAAUGGAAAGAUGAUGUGCAGGAAGGGUAUGGAAAAGAACAUUGGGCUGAUGGAAGCCAUUAUGAAGGAUAUUAUAAGUCAGGCAAAAAGCAUGGCUUUGGGAGUUAUGUGUGGAAAGAUGGAUCCAAAUAUGUCGGGCAGUGAAUUGAUAAUAAAAUCAAUGGAGCUGGAGUCUAUACAUGAUAUGAUGGGAGAAGAUAUGAAGGUGAGUGACUAAAUGGCUGCAUGAAUGGAAGAGGAAUAUAUACAUGAAAAGAUGGCCGAAAAUAUGAAGGAGAGUAUAAAAAUGACAAAAAGCACGGAAAAGGAGUGUAUAGUUGGGCUGAUGGACGAAAAUAUGAUGGAGAGUGGAGAGAUGGGAAACAGGAUGGAAUAGGGAUAAUUGAAGAUUGCAAUGAAAAUAAAAAAAAAGGUGAAUGAAAAUCAGGAAGAAGGGUUAAGUGGAUUGAAGAUUAA